AUGCAGGAACAUAAAUCGUUUUUGAUUAAAGACUUGUUAGGGGAUGUUAUCAACAACAGCAAUUCCAAUGAAACUUAUCCCGAUUACUCCGACCAAGAAUCCAUCCCUCUGUCCCACGACGCCGACACGGACAUCGACAUCGAAUCGCCGCCUUCAUCAACGGCAGCAAUUGUUGCGUCGUCUCCCAGUAAAGGAGUCUUCUUUGUGGGCGGCGGCGAAGGACAACAAACGGGGUCUUCGGAAAACUCUAAAGGAAGAAAACCUCGCAGGCGAAGAACCGCGUUCACACAUGCUCAGUUGGCUUACCUGGAACGAAAAUUUCGGUGUCAAAAGUACCUUUCCGUUGCUGAUAGGAGUGAUGUUGCUGAUGCACUCAAUCUCAGCGAAACGCAAGUCAAAACUUGGUACCAAAAUAGACGAACCAAGUGGAAACGGCAAAACCAGCUUCGACUGGAGCAACUUCGCCAUCAAGCUUCAGUGGAAAAAGAGCUUCUAAAUAGCGCCGCAAUCCAUAAAGGAAAUGGAGAGUCACCACCUUGCUGUCCACCAACAGGUAUCCCAAGGUAUACUACUCAAUCACCCUGUAGUUUUUUAAGCUCAGCUGCUGCAGCUAUUUUCCAUAACGUUACCUAUGUUCAUGGAUGCCAACUGUAGAUACAGAUACAAGUUACUUGUUUAAGUUUUAUUUAUUUAUUUUGUUUUGUUUAAAAGCAGGUAAAAUAGUACACCUUUAUAAAAUAUUCACUAAACUAAAAAAAGAAAUAUUGUUCUGAAGCUAUUUCUUUGUGGCAUUUAUGUAAUUUAUUAUUCUAA